AUGGAUUUUCAACAUCGUACUGGUGGUAAAACUGGUAGUGGUGGUGUUGCCAGUGCAUCGGAAUCGAAUCGUGAUCGACGUGAACGACUCCGUCAAUUGGCUCUUGAAACAAUUAAUCUUGCUAAAGAUCCUUAUUUUAUGAAAAAUCAUUUAGGAACAUAUGAAUGUAAACUUUGUUUAACUUUACAUAAUAAUGAAGGUUCUUAUUUGGCUCAUACACAAGGAAAAAAACAUCAAUCAAAUUUAGCUCGACGUGCUGCUCGUGAAAAUCAACAAUCAUCUGAUAUAGUUCAACCAAUAAAACCACAUUAUGAAGUUCGUAAAUUUAUUAAAAUUGGUCGACCAGGUUUUAAAGACAAUCUUCAUAUUAAAAAUUUUAUUAGAACUAAUAAUAAUAAUAUUUUAUUAAUUAAAAAUUUGGAUACAAAACAACAAUCACUUCUUUUUCAAAUUGAUUAUCCUGAAAUAUCAGAUAAUAUUGUACCUAAACAUCGUUUUAUGUCUGGUUUUGAACAACAUAUUGAAGCACCAGAUCGUCGUUGGCAAUAUUUACUUUUUGCCUCUGAACCAUAUGAAACAAUUGCAUUUAAAAUUCCAAGUCGUGAAGUUGAUAAAUCUGAAGGAAAAUUUUGGACAUUUUAUAAUACAGAAACAAAACAAUUUUUCCUUCAAUUUCCUUUUAAACUUGAAUCAAAUAAAUAUACAAGUGAUCAUCCAUCAACAAAUACACGACCAUAUGGUCCAGCACCACUUAGUUCAUUACGUGGUUAA